AUGCCAAGACGUCCAGGACCUUCCGAGGUCACAUUAUGUAACACACACGUGGAUCACAUGACAAAGAAUCUCUCGGGGAAAGAAACUCGUCGAUUGGGAUCAUCGCAAUCGAUUGACGAAGAAGGUCAGCUGACUUGGCCCCAACCGAUCCGGAGCGGAUUCUGCGCUGGAACUCCCGACUGGUCCAUUCAAGGAACAUCGGCAACAGCUCUCUCCCCCUUCGGCCCUGAUUACAUCCCAUAA